CUGAGGCCUAGAGAGAGGCCAGGUUCCUUGCUGGGGUGCACUCCCCUGCACCUGCUGCCUCCCCCUGAGCUGGGUUGUGACCCCGGCCUCCGGAGUUCCUGCCCCUGAUCUCUGAUUUGGGCCAAGCACCCAGGCCUCUGGUCCUCAGAGUCCCUCUGGGAAACAAAAGCCAAAAACCUGCCUUGUCCAUCUGCUAGUAUCCCUGGAGAAGGUUCUGCUUCCCCACCUACCACCUAGGGGCCAGGAGGGGGUCCCGGUACCUGUGAGGUCACUGAAUGGAGUCACCCCAAACUCAGCUGUGCCCAAGUCCUCCUCUUGCAGCUGCUGAGCCUUGGCCAGGUUUUGGGCAAAGAUGUCCAGGCGGCGAGCAUGCUCUAGACCAAAAGGAGGUUGUCCUAGGCUGGCUUCCAAGCCCCCAGGGGUAGGAAGUGGUCACUGGCUUGGCUUCUCGUCCACACUCGCCCAGAUGGCGGCCUCCUGCCUGCUGCCUGCAGUCACAGGAAAGUGGCUCUGGAGGUGAAGGAUCCUCUUGGACCAGUCAGACCCCCAACAGCUGCCUCCUCCCUCCAGCCCCAGGAUGCUCCCCUUCGCCUCCUGCCUCCCCGCGUCUCUACUGCUCUGGGCGCUGCUGCUGUUGCUGUUGGGGGCAGCGUCUCCCCAGGAUUCCGAAGAGCCCGACAGCUACACGGAAUGCACAGACGGCUAUGAGUGGGACCCUGACAGCCAGCACUGCCGGGAUGUCAAUGAGUGCCUGACCAUCCCGGAGGCCUGCAAGGGGGAAAUGAAAUGUAUCAACCACUAUGGGGGCUACUUGUGCCUGCCCCGCUCUGCUGCUGUCAUCAGUGACCUGCAUGGCGAGGGACCACCACCACCAGUGCCCCCUGCUGAGCACCCCAACCCCUGCCUCCCGGGCUAUGAGCCCGAUGAGCAAGAGAGCUGCACGGACGUGGACGAGUGUGCCCAGGCCCUGCACGACUGCCGCCCCAGCCAGGAGUGCCAUAACCUGCCUGGCUCCUACCAGUGUACUUGCCCCGACGGCUACCGCAAGAUCGGGCCCGAGUGUGUGGAUAUAGAUGAGUGCCGCUACCGCUACUGCCAGCACCGCUGCGUGAACUUGCCUGGUUCCUUUCGAUGCCAGUGUGAGCCGGGCUUCCAGCUGGGGCCCAACAACCGCUCCUGCGUGGAUGUGAACGAAUGUGACAUGGGGGCUCCAUGUGAGCAGCGCUGCUUCAACUCCUAUGGGACCUUCCUGUGUCGCUGCCACCAGGGCUAUGAGCUGCACCGGGAUGGCUUCUCCUGCAGUGAUAUCGAUGAGUGCAGCUACUCCAGUUACCUCUGCCAGUACCGCUGUGUCAACGAGCCAGGCCGCUUCUCCUGCCACUGCCCGCAGGGCUACCAGUUGCUGGCCACGCGCCUGUGUCAAGACAUUGACGAGUGUGAGUCGGGUGCGCACCAGUGCUCUGAGGCCCAAACGUGUGUCAACUUCCACGGGGGCUACCGCUGCGUGGACACCAACCGCUGCGUGGAGCCCUAUGUCCAGGUGUCGGACAAUCGCUGCCUCUGUCCGGCUUCCAACCCCCUGUGCCGGGAGCAGCCCUCGUCCAUCGUGCACCGCUACAUGAGCAUCACCUCGGAGCGGAGCGUACCAGCCGACGUGUUCCAAAUCCAAGCGACCUCCGUCUACCCUGGCGCCUACAAUGCUUUUCAGAUCCGUGCUGGAAACUCGCAGGGAGACUUCUACAUUAGGCAAAUCAACAAUGUCAGCGCCAUGCUGGUCCUCGCGCGCCCUGUGACAGGCCCCCGGGAGUACGUGCUGGACCUCGAGAUGGUCACCAUGAACUCCCUCAUGAGCUACCGGGCCAGCUCUGUACUGAGACUCACCGUCUUCGUGGGGGCCUACACCUUCUGAGGAGUGGGCGGGGGAGCUCUCAGGGAGGGGGAGGUUCCCUGUAGCCGAGGAGCCUGGGGCUCAGGGAUGACUGUGUUCUGCUAAAAAGGGAAGACGCUGUUGUGAAGGGUAGAGAGAGAAAGGCAAUAAAGGGAGAAAGAAGGAGUCCUGGUGGCUGAGGUGGGUGGGUCACACUGCAGUGAACCCCAGAGUGGGGAAAGGGCAGGCUCAUGGGAGGCGGGCCACGUCCACCUAAAGGCGGGGGGUGUCUCUGUCCAGGCUGAAGAGCUCCAUUGACAGGAGCUGGGAGCUGCAUCCCCAAGACUGGAACUGGCCUAUAUACCAUGGGCAUCAGAAUCACCCUGAGGAGGGAAGAGGUAAUGAGGCUGCAGACUCCAGGCCACAGCCCAGAAACGUGGGCUUGGCUGCUCUGCAGUGGCCCGAACAAUCCUGCUCUAGACAGUGCCAGGAAGCCCUGGGUUUCCAUCCUAGCUUGGUCUCAAACGAUCAAUUUGGAGAAAUCCUAGUAGCUCCCUGAGCCUCAGUGUUCCAAUCCAUAAAAUGAGGCAACUGGACUGUCAGCGCUUUAUAAACUUUUCUUUUCCUAGCUACAGAACUUCUUCUCAAAGGAAACUUUAUUUGAUCAGAGAACUCUGAUGACAUAAACUAGAUUCAAAGUU